AUGUCUGCAGAUCAAUCCAGGAACAGGAUGGAUGAAGAUAUAUCGCGUCUCAAAAGUUGGACAUCAUCUCCCAUAUGUCAUGGAAGCACUUCAAGAGGUAGUCGACGUAACUGGCACAGAGCCAAAAGCGACCAAACAUCACGGGAUAGCAAAGUCGCUAAUACCGGAUACAAAGCAAAUUCGAGUCAAGAUUGGAGAAGUAGCACAGAUUGGCGCAAGAGGGAGAAGGAACCAGGUUUGUCCUCUGAACCACCUCGAAAGAGAUAUGCUCUUGAGGUGGAAGCUUUCGAGUGCAAUCUCAAUCAAGCAGAAACAGAUUCAAACUCAAUCUUUAUUAAAAUACAAAAAGAAGUGCUCAAAUCCUUAUUUAGCGUUAUGCCUUAUUCGGAUACUUUUGAUCGCAGACCAUGGUUCAAUCCUCUGGACGAGGACAGAAGGAAAGCGCUAAUUCAGAAGGCAGUGGAACAGGAUAUGAUCAACCUCAAAGAUAUUUUAGUCAAAAAUAACGGUGAUGAACAAGCCGUACAAUCGUUUUACGAAUCUUCGGCAGGAUUUGAAGGUCCAUCAGAACUUCUUGCCAAAUUCUACUAA